CUCUCUUUCUAUAUAAACCUUUCAAAUUAACAAUUCCAUGUCAUCCCCAUCAUCCUUUUGAAAGAUUAUACACAGAAAAAGAGAGAGACGGAAAGAGAUGGAAAAUAAACAAGUGAAGCCACCGAUCAAAAAGGGUUUAUGGAAACCAGAGGAGGACUUGAUCCUCAAGACUUACGUAGAGACUCAUGGAGAAGGUAACUGGGCUACUGUGUCUGAAAAGUCAGGUUUGAUGAGGGGUGGCAAGAGUUGCAGAUUGCGAUGGAAGAAUUACUUAAGACCCAAUAUCAAACGAGGUGAAAUGUCCCAAGAGGAAGAAGACCUUAUCAUUAGGAUGCAUAAGCUUCUCGGCAACCGAUGGUCACUUAUUGCUGGUCGACUUCCCGGUCGCACGGACAAUGAAGUGAAAAACUAUUGGAAUACCCAUUUGAACAAGAGAUGCCGCACUGGCAAAAGAAAACCCACUGAUCCCAGCAACCACCAGAAUGGCAACGACAAGUACAAGAGCAAAAAGCAAUGCAACUCUCAGACCACUAGCAGCACUAGUCCAAAAAGCAACCCAGAAGAAUCGGAUGGAAAGAAAAAAGAGAAAGAAGAGAGCACUGUUACCAAUACCUGGAUACAGGAUGCACAGAGCAUGAACUAUUACAUUGAAUCCCCAGUGAUGCCAGUAUGCAAUGAUGCAUUUGUUCUCAACGACGAGCCUUUCAUUGCUUACUGGGAUUCCUUUGUUUUGUUUGAAUCAUUCGGGCUCUAAUGGUGAGAUGCAUUCACAGGUGGACCUGCCAACAUUCAUGCCAUAGUAUCUGAUAUUGUCCCCCAUUACCUUCCUCCAUGUCCUGUAGUCAGAGUGAGUUUCCAACACUUCUGUACAAAAAAUGUUGUCAAGUCUGCACUGUUUGAGGAUUGUAUUCUGAUAAAACUACUAGUGCGAAGAUUGUAUUACGAUAAAACUACUAUUGCUGGGUGUACUGAACAGGAAUAGAUGUGAAAUAGCUAGCCUAACGCUUCUCCCC